UUGGGAAUGAGUUGGAGGCAGACACAGCCUCAGCGCGCAGAUCUACCCUGCUGGAGACAGACAGAGGGGGGAGGGAGGAGGAUAAAAGAGACUUCAUCUGCUCUGCAUAAGAAAAGCCCACCUCCUGGUGCUUCAGGGGCGAGAUGUAGGGCUCGGAGGAAAGCUUACCUGAGGUGAAGGGGAAGCCCAAAGAGGAACACAGAAAACAAGUGGACCGCAACCAGCUGAAUCCUGAGGAAAGUAAGCAAGCACACAAACAACCGAAAAACAGAGUCAUAAUGCUGUAUGAGCAGAGUAUUAGAACUAAAUUUUGAAAGGCAAAUUGAAAAUGGCCGCUUUCUCUUUCAUGGACAUCAUGGCCAAAAUCCUUUGGCAGGACGGCUGAGGUACCUGACCUACAUUUGCCAUUUGAGCUUGACACAUAUCCCCAGGGUUCAAAGAACCUGUGAACAGGUGGGGAUUGGAUGAUACCAAAUCCUGGACUGGAGAAAAGAAAUGGACAUUGACAAGCGAAGAUGGAAGUAACUUGACAAGCUUCAAGCCUAGAAGUUGCCUCUGGAAAGGACAGGUUAAGACUGGAAUCACAAGCUUUGCUGGGAGAGCAGUAUGCAGGAAGCUGGUUUUCAGGCCACAAAUGCUUUCACAGAGUGCAAAUUCACCUGCACCAGUGGUAAAUGCUUGUAUCUUGGCUCGCUGGUCUGUAACCAACAAAAUGAUUGUGGGGAUAACAGUGAUGAAGAGAAUUGCCUGCUUGUAACAGAGCAUCCACCGCCAAGCAUCUUCAGCUCGGAACUGGAGUUUGUUCAGAUCAUCAUCAUCAUCGUGGUGAUAACUGUUAUGAUUGUAGUGAUCAUCUGCUUGUUGAACCAUUAUAAAGUGUCAACACGGUCCUUCAUCAGUCGGCAGAGCCAAAGCAGGAGGCAAGAGGAAUCUUUACAACCGGAGGGGUGUUUGUGGCCUUCAGACAGUUCAUCUUCACGCCGGGGAGCUUCAGAGGUCAUGUAUGCCCCACGGUCCAGGGACAGGUUUACCGCUCCAUCCUUUAUGCAGAGGGAACACUUCAGUCGCUUCCAGCCAACCUAUCCAUACAUGCAGCAUGAGAUUGACCUUCCUCCUACCAUCUCCCUCUCUGAUGGUGAAGAGCCACCACCAUACCAAGGUCCAUGCACGCUGCAGCUCCGGGACCCAGAACAACAGAUGGAACUCAACAGAGAAUCUGUGAGGGCACCACCCAACAGGACUAUAUUUGACAGCGACUUGAUUGACAUUUCAGUGUACAAUGGGGGCCCUUGCCCACCAAGCAGCAAUUCGGGCAUAAGUGCAACCAAUUAUAGCACUAAUGGAAGGAUGGAAGGACCACCCCCUACUUACAGUGAGGUCAUGGGGCAUUACCCAGGUUCCUCUUUUUUCCAUCACCAGCAAAGCAAUGCGCCCCCUUCAUCACAGAGGGGAAGCAGACUUCAGUUUCAGCAGAACAAUUCAGAGAGCACAAUAGUCCCUAUUAAAGGCAAAGACAGGAAACCAGGAAACCUCGUCUAGGUUCCUUUUCCAUCUUCACUUGAAGAGAGAUGGAAGAAUCAAACGGGAGCAUGAUGGAAGUUACUAUGCCCCUGUGCACAAAAUUGUUAAGUUUCAUGUGAUGCAGUUUAGCAGAACCAAACGUGCAAAGCUGUUCUUUUGUUUCUGAUUCCUUUCAGGGGAAUUGCAUGAAAAGUGGUUUGAAAUCAUUACAACCUUCCAGUUUGGCCAUGAACAGUGUUUGGGGGAAAUAUAUUAUUAUUAUUAUUUUUAAUAAACUAUUUGAAUUAUUUAAUUCUAAGAGAUAACUUAGCACAGAAAUAUGGCUUCUGCGGCCUGUUUUAUAUUAAGUGAGUGGCUAAAAGAAGAGAAGAAAGGGUGACUAGAUAAAUGGGAGCAGAAUUGGCCAGUUUGCUUCCCCACCCCCAUCCCUGAGUGUUGAAUUUUCUUUUAUCUGACUCAGCAUUUCUGUUUUGUGUGCCAAGGUAUAAAGUUUAAAAAAACUAGAUGAAUACAAGGAAUUAAUUUGUGUUGUGAUACAAGUGUGUUAAAUUUGCACUAUCUUUAAUGUUUAAAAAAAUAUAUAUAUGAGGGAACUGUUUUACAUGAAGUUAUUCUAUAUGUUGUCUUUUCACCUGUGGAAUAAUGACUAGCCCCUAGGUACCUCUUCAGGACUUUGCCCAGCCCUCUGUUGAUCUUGAAAGGGGACUAUUUAGAUUUAAUCAAAUCUCUACCAUUUUACAUAAAGAAAAACAAAUGACAGAUGACAUUUUAAUAUGUUAACUUUUGCAAUAAUUUUGCAUUUACUAGCAGAGCAUCAAUAAAGUGUCUUGGAGACUUGUGGGUGGAAGAAAGCAAAUGUGAAAUUACAGAAGUCACCUCCUUUAGGUGGUUUUAGCUAUAAGCCAUUUGUUUAAGUACAAGCGGAUAACAAUGCCAGACACAGUUACAGUUCCUUUUUUUUGUAAUUAUAACACUCACUGCUUGUUCCCCCUCCUUAAAACAACAACAAUGCAAUGUCAGUACUGAAAGCUUUUACAGAUUUUUAUCUUUGCUGUAGCCCUUAAUAUAUUAAGCCACAUAGCCUGACAUUCUACAAUAAAUGGUUUAAAUAUACAGAAUGGGUUCUUGCUGUUAAAUCUCACUUUUGUUGCGCUUUUAUGGUUUAUUUUGUGUCUUAGCUCUUUAAAGACAUUGUUAAGGAUCCCUCCUUCUUCUUCCUGUCUGCCACUUUGUCAGCCAGUUUGACACUACUAAUGGUGUUGGUUGUGGAGGCUGCACCAUUAGAAUGGUGCUGGGGGAUUAUUUGGGAACAUUAAUCAGUUUGUAAUUAGAUUAUCCCAUUAUGUAAAUUUGCAUUUGUUAAUAUAAAAUUGGAACUUUUUAAAUGUCACUUCUAGGCUGUGAUUUUGAAAUAUUGCAGUCUUAAGGAAUCCCAGUGUUUGGUAGUAUGCUGUUUGGGAAUUGUUGGCUAUCACUUUCUAUGCUUUUUCUGUAUUGCAGCUAAUAGAAACAUUGGAAGGCAGUUUGAAGGGGAAUGGUUGUGAAUUCAAGAGCACAUAAAAAGCACAACACGCACUUAAAAUGCAGUUAGUAAAUGAACUUUAUUUAUAAAAAGGCAGAGAAUCUCAAUAGUCUUAAUUUUGAUAUUCCUGGGAGUUCUAGUUGCACAGUAGAGAUUUCCCUUAGAAGUCUCCCUUUUCUAUGGUCUUAAGCAAGACACUAAGACAGCUGAAAAGUGUGCCAUUGGCACUGUAGAAAUUCACUGUACUGUAGCCCCUUUUCUCUAUACUGAAGUCUGGAUUUCUGCAGGACUUCCAUAAACUAAAAUAACUUGGAUUGAAACCGGAUUGCUGAACUGAAUCUCUGAUCUAUGCAGAGUGUUUAAUGCCAAAACACCAUGUCUUGUGCACUUGCUCUGUAAAGUUCUUUCUAUGAGCCUAAGGGACUCAUGAACUUUAUGACCAGCUUGAGGAACAUUUCAAAUAAUAAUUCUAUGCUAAACAUAGAACUCUGCAAGACCUGAACCCACUUGUGUAUUGCCUCUGAUAGUAGCUCUUCUUUUAAAAGCUCAUUUAUCUUGUUUAAGUUGGUUCACAUAUCUGUUCAUCACGUGGUAAAUGUAAAUAUCUUGUGAUAGCUUUGUCAUGUGAAACAGCCACCAUGAGCAGCUAUUGCAGAGUGUACCUUGUGAGCACUGUAUCUUUCAAAGCAGGCAAGCUUGUAAGAUGAUUUGAUAGAUUCAGUUUAACAAUACCUGCAGGAAUGAUGAUCAGCAUUAUAGCAGGACUGAACAACUGGCUUUUUCCUUUUGAUUUUGCUGUGAGAUGUCUUGGAAAUAAUACUUGGAAUCAAAUGGUUGGAGAUGGAAUGGACCCUUAAAAGAGUACAGCUUGGAUUCAGCUGAAUAGAUAGAAAGCCUGAAUUUGUGUUGAAUAAGUUCAUAUUUGUAGAAACAUUGCUCUGAUAUAUGUAGUUGUUCAAACGUGAGACCUUUGGAUUGAACCAGUGAUUAACUGGAACUUGGUUUUCAAGCUGUUGGGUACUACUGGGUCAGUAGAGGACAUUUUCUGCAUCCAAGAAAUGUAAAGACCAAACACUUUCUCUCUUCUCUCCUUUCUCCCUACUGGUUACAUUUGCAUAAUUUUCCAGCUUAAAUGUGUGGGCUCUUCUUAAAAAGAAUUGUGCCCUCUUGGACCUUGCUAGAAUAAUCAAUUAUGUGUUUGCCUUCUCUGCCUCCUUUUGACUAUUCAGAGAUUUGUUUUCUUCUUUUGCUGCUAUUGUCUUCUCAUUUCCCAGAAAUACUCUAGAACAGUGUUUCUCAACCUCCGGUCCGCGGACCGCUGCCGGUCCGCGGAGGGUUGAGUGCCGGUCCGCGACCUAGCUGCUAGGAAGGCAGGGCUCUGCAGAGUAGGCGGUGGCAGCAAUCGGAGCCGAACCGUUUCCAUUUGUUUUUCUAUCCCCAGUAUAAGCUUGCCCAAUAGGGGUGGGGCAGGGGCGGGCUUGUGCCGAGGCGGGAAGAUGGCCUGUGAGUGCAGGAAUCGGGGCAGGCUUGUGCCGAGGCGGGAACCCACCCUUCCUGCCUGCUGGCAUCUCCCACGGCAGACUUCAGCUUGGAAGCACCUCAGGCACUAGGAGCUCCAGCAGCAGCAAGGAAGCCCGCAGGAGGCGGCUGCGGCGGCGAGCAAGAGGCUGCUGCUGCUGCCGCUGCUGCUGCCUCAAAGCCCAGCAAGCCCGAGACCGAGAGCAGGACGCUGCGCGUCCCGCGCAAGCCGCCACAAGCCGCAAGCUCUGGCCCCGCAGCGAGCGAGAGCCAGCGCCCACGAGAGGAGCGGCAGGACGCGGCGGCGGCAGUAGCUCCAGGAUCGGAGAGCCGCUUUGGGUAAGUAGCACGGCAGAAGCAGCAGCUCGGGGGUGACGGAAUUCGUAUCGGGGGCGGCGGGCAUCAUUAUCGGGCCACAGGCGCCCCCUCCCUCCCUCCCUCCUGCGUGCCUCCCUCGCAAGUGUAGUUUGCCCAAGAAUCUAAAAUUUCCCAAGUUUGCCCAAGAAUCUAAAGAUUCUAAAUGGCAGUUUGAUUCAGCUCCAGUAUUGAUUUCUACAGAGGAUGUUGCUGCUCAAAUAUGACACGUGUUCCUGUGGCAGUAAAAUUAUUUCUGGCAAAACCCCGCUCUCGACUCUUCUACGGAGCACAACUUUGUUUGUAUAGCAACUCUCUGCACUAGAGGCAUGGUGCAAACAUUUAUCAGAAACAUUUUUCAAGUUCCUCAAUGCAUAUCCAAUGUAGUUCCCCAUGUAGAAGCAGCCAACCCUGAGGUUGAAUCUAGGAUAUGGUUGAAUGUCUUUGAUUAAGCCUAAAGUUUAGGCCCUAAAAAACUAUCAUCCUGCUGGUCUGGCUCCCCUGAUAUUGGCAGACAAUACUCUCUUCUGAAAAGAGCAGUUCACCAGAAAUUAAAUUUAUAUGGCUUCAGCCCGGAACCUUUAUUAAGAAUGGGAUAUGCUCGAGCUAAAGCAGCUCUUAAACAGCACAUUUUUAAUAUGGAUGCUCAAAUAAAAAAUUCUUUGAUCCCCAAGAGUGUUUUCCUUGGAAUCCAAUAAUUUAAUCUUAAUCCUGCUAGAUACUACUAUCUCAAAUCACAAUUUUCAAAUAUUGCAGGAUGUUUAACAUUUAUUGUUUAACAAAUUUUAUUUUAUGAUAUUAUUUUAAUUACAAUGUUAGAUGUUAUAUCUGUUAGAUAUUUAAAAUAAAAUUAAACUUGAAAGCCCUUUACUAAGUGCUGGUCCGGGAAACUGCACACAAAGAAUGUAGCGGUCCUUGACACUCUGCACAAAUGAUUUAGCGGUCCUUGAGUUCAAAAAGGUUGAGAAACACUGCUCUAGAAGGUUUCAAUUUCAUCCCUGAUUUCAUCUGAGAACAAAGUAUACUUAGUAGCUAGGAUGAAAAUGAACUAGUGUGAGCUAGAAGUGUGUUUCAUUCUGAAGUGCUGCUUCAUCAUAUCUUCUACAACUGUUUAAUGUGGCAGGUGUUUUUUAAUGGUCAGAGGCAAUAAAGAUGGAGACCUUGGAUUGGAAUAUUUUAAUUCAUUUACUACUACUUCCAGCAAGGCACUUCCUGCUGUAAUAUGGAGUUACUGUUUGUUUCCCAUUCCCAUCAUUUCUAGUGAAAAUACAGAAAAGCUCAAACCUGAAACCCAGUUUUUUAGGAUCCAGAUGUGUCUAAUAAUAUAAAACAUGCAGCCCUUGUUUAGAUAACCAAGCAAAUGUAAUUUUUUAAAAAAACUUUUAGCAUUGUUCAAGAGUGAGCCCCCAAACAUUAUAUGAUAUACAUGAAUAUAGUGAAAAGAUUAAACUCCUUUCUAUGGCAGGAUUUUUUUUUUUUACAAGAUUUUGAGAUCCUGCAUAAACAAGCAACUCAUUUUCUUACCACAAAAUAAUAUUCUACGCAUUCUGUGGUGUUUUUUAAUUUAUAGAUUCUGAAAUGAGUUUGAGUUGCUGUUUAUCCCUUUUAAUUCACAGAGAAAAGAAAUACACUUCUACUUAAUAGAUAUGUAACCCCACUUGCAGAUACCACUAUCGGUCUGUUGUGAAUGGCUUUUUUAUCCAGCAAGGGAAAUAUGGUAAAGGUUUAUGCAGCAGGCCUUGGUGAAAACCCUAGCUCCAUCCUCAAAUCUCUUUACUGGCAAAAAUAGUGAAUUGAGGAAAAGGGGACGUGAUGGCAGAGGAAGUGAAGGGCAGUGCUUUAUGCAGUGCUAAAUCACACAACUAGAGUCCUAAUGCCCUCUCUUUAAAAACAGCUCACUGUUAUAAGAUUGUAUCAGUGAGAACUUCUUUAAUCACACUUGUUUGUACAUUAAAUUUUCAAGAGUUUGAUCAAACCCUUGUUAGAUGAUGACAGUGAAACAAAACUCUGUACAUUAUGUUCCUUUGCACAAAGUACUGAUAUCAAUGUGCAGUAUGAGCAUGACUAUUAGAUCCCUUCCCCAUAUGCCUUAUAUAUUCUAAUAUCCUCACACCACAUUGUGUGGGAGCUCUCAGGAUCAUAUAGUUUGGAAGGAGACAGAUUGCUAACUGACUGAGUGCAUGUGGUAUAUGCCAUUUGUGAACUAAUGUUUUAGAAGUUUUGGGAUUCAACUGAGUACCUUUUCUACCCUCCAGCCAUUAUGUUCAUAUUUCCAAAGUUGGUCAUGACAAAUUCUCAUUGAAAUGGAUGAGACAAAUUAGUCAUGAUCAGUUUCACUGGAACGUUGCCAUGAUUAUCUUUCUUCAAAUACAACCCAUUGUAAUUGUUUAGGUAUUUAGGCUGCUGCUGACUUUAAAAGUGACUCUGUGUGGUAAAUAUAAUACUUGUGAGUUUAAAGAUCUUGAAAAAUGGUUCCUUCUGAACAAUUGAAGUUGCAGCUUCAUAACUUGAUAUUUGGUUGGCAGACAUUUGUUUUUAAGUUAAUAGUUCUUCCAGGUAUAAAAAUAUAUAAAUCACUUCCUGCUUUAUUUGCAAUCUUUUAGGAGAGGGGUUCUCCAACAUGGGCCUUAUGGCUGGGGAUAAUUGGAGUUGUUGUUCAACAUCUGGGUAUCCAAAUUUGACAGCUCCUGUUUUAGGGUAAAAAGUCUUAGCUUCAUGAAGGAAAACCUAGCCUUUACAAUUGUUAAAAAGGAAAGAAGAUUCUCUUACUUUCCAGCCAGCCCACCCUGGUGUGUCUGUGUGUAAAAUGUGAGGUCAUGGUCUAAUAGGAGUUCAGUCACACCUGGGGUUUUGAAACUAUGUACAUAAAAUACUCAAGGAUGGUGUUGCAAAUAAGAGAUGAGAACUAAACAAAUUUAUAUAUUAGUUCUUUAUGGAGAAUUUAAAUUUUGCUCAAAUAUUGUCAAAAGCAAGGAAAGUUGUGUGCAUGGGAAAGUAUUAUAUAGAGCAAAGGGAUGGCUACUUUAAGGAUUAUGGAUCUUUCAAACCAGAGGGAGUGGAGGUUGUGUCAGGAGUGCUGACUCAUGGUGCCUGAUAACUACAAGCUAAAAAAUGGAACUGUGUCAGUCUUCAAGCUGAUACUUCUGUCUAAACGGCAACCAGAGGAGUUGGAGGAUCAGCACAGGUGACACAUUUUGAAAAAGUGGCUGUAGUCCAGACUCCCUCCCACACCAAUUGUUACCUCUUCCGAUAGCUACCUUUAUGCCCCUUUUCGUUUUAGCAUUAUAGUGCAGAAGCUGCCAUUUAGAAUGAAAUUGUUCCACACCCUGAUUGUUGGAAGUUGCAUCCUCCUAUUUUGAUUAUAUAAAAACUAGCCAUGCACUUUCAUCUGGAAAUGAAAGCUAGAAAAAUAUGUCUGGGUUUCAUAGCUGGGUUUUCACAGCAGACUCCUAUGGAACCAUGGAGUUUUCUACCUUGAACUUAUCACACCAUUUAUUUUGUUUAUGUCCAUCCAUAGAUAUGUGAAACAAAGGAAAGUUAUGCAGUAACUUUUUGAUCUGUUGGGACUAAAUGGAGAUGGACUAACGAAGGCAGCCACUGAGUUUUUGCUUCCCAGUUAAACUCGGAGCUACAACACUUUCUCAUGAACCAAGUUCUGAUUACUGUAUUUGCCCGAAUACAAGGUGGCUCUGAAUUGAAGAUGAACCCCUUAAAAAACAGGUUAAAUACAGGUUAUACCCUUAUUUACUGAAAAGGACUCUGAAUUUAAGAUGACCCCUAAUUUAUAACAUGAAAGAACUUGGGGUGGGGGGAACUAGUCUUGGAUUCAAGUAAAUACAGUGGCUUUAUUUGAAAAGAAAUCACUGAGUUUUGUGGGUUUUUAAAAUUUGACUUAUGUACAGUUUUGGAAACUAGGACUACCCUAGAACUUGCUGCUGUGCUAGCAAUGUCUCCCAUUUGUUAGCUGAAGUUGGUGAGUGAAUGUAUUGUGUUUGGCUGGAGCCAUUUUUCCUAUUUAGAGAAAAAUGGCAUAGUUGUAGAAACAAAGCUAAUUUUGCUAUGUAGAUGAUGCAGGGAGAGAGGGUGGGAAGCACUUAGAAAUACUACCAUUAAAACGAUCAACUCUUGCUCAGUAACAUUUCUAUUUUUAAAAAUUAUGUGCUGUGCACAUAAUACUUUGUGGCGUGUUCUAAUGUACUUGUUCCACAAGGUAAUCCAGUAAAGCCAAUGGAAUUUUUAUAUCUCACUUCAACUUGGUGUAUACUUGUGUAGCCACAUUUAAUGCCUGGUCUAUUCAGAUUUUACUAGUCAAUCUCUUCCAGAGAUACUGUAUGAGUUUAUCUUAUGGUCUAAGCCAAUUUAAUGGUGCCUUUUUAUCCUAACAUAAUUUGAGGAGGUUCUGCAUUUUUCAGCUAAAGUGUUUGCCCCUGAAACUAUGCCAUGUAUUUGGUAAGAUCCUCGAUAUCUGGGAACUUGCAAUGUAAUCUUUUAUAUACACUCAUUCUCAUCUUGCUAUCCUUUCAUCAGGGAUAUGUAGGACAACCCAUCUUCCAUUCAACAGUUCUUUUCUUUGGGAUAUUCUUGCUCUCAAUUGUUAAAAGUAGUGAAGCAUCCUUUUGAUCAUACAGAAGUAAACUGCCUGAAGCUCUGGUAGCACAGACCAACACUCUUGUCUGAAUAUAGUCCAGUUGAUGUUUGCUUUAGAUUAUCUUUUAGAUUCCUAGCUUAUUUUAUAGAUGUGUGUACAGAUCCACAGAUCCAACAUUCUGUUUUAAGGAACAGUGCUGCUAACUAGUCGCCAUCUUGGCCCUUCCUUGAUCCGAUACCCACAGUUUGAUGUAUCUGUGGUCAGGUAAUUUGCAGCCGACCUCAGCGCACAUGAAGAAAAAACUGGUCCAAAAAGUUAAUUCUGUGGAUUUGACGUGGCCAGAAAUGACCUCCGAGGUCAUUUCCAGCCACCAUUUUGAAGACAGGAGCCAUACUGUGGCCCAUGGGGGGGGGGAUUUAAUUGGUGUUUUGCCAGAAAAUUGUGGAAUUUUGCCUUUGUGGGGGGCAUUGCUGGACACCUGUGGACCUGCAGAGCAUAGUACAGCACUCUGAUAUUAUUUGGACGUUUUCCCAGUUUUUAGCCUCCCCCUCUCUACUCGAGAAAUCUAACCCACCCACCCACCCGAGUCCCAAUGGCGCAAUGACUUGGUAUCUUUGGUUCUGUUACCCAUGAUUGUAGUGGAGAAUGGGACCUGUGCAGAUACCAGGGGUUCUAAUGAAUUUUCUUAAACGUUCUUUUUACCCUUGUUUUAUUGCCUGCUUGCCAGCUAGUGCUAUUAAAACAAGCUCUUAAAUUUCUUCUUGUAAUUUUUUUUUGAAGUGUGCCUCCCUAAGAAGAUGGGGGGGGGGCAGCCAACAUCUGUGUUAUGUACAUCUUGUGUGCAUCUGUCUUGACUGGGCUAGGAAGAGUACAUUUUUUUUAAAAAAAUCUAUUUUGGUACAAAGGCACGUCUUCCUGUCAUAUGCUGGUGUAAUCUCUGGGACAGUCUAGGCUGCCAGGCAGUAGAAAGGUAUUUCAUUUCUGUAUGCCUAGAAUGGGAUUUUAGAGAAAUCGAUGUAAAGAAACAAUUGUAACAUUAGGGCAGGGGUGAAGUGUUUCUUUUUUCUUCUUGAUAGAACAAGAUUUGAGAACUCCGCAAAAUAACUUUGUAAUGUAAUGUAAUCCUGUUGUGAGAGAAGGGCUUCAUUCAGCAUUCCCUUUAAUGGUAGACUGGAUUAGUUCGUGUUUAUGAGAAUAAAAUGGCUAUUGCAGUUCUCUCAGUGAUCUGAAUUGUGAUAAUGCUACUUUGUGUGUGUUCGCCUUGAUUGAACCAGGGUUGUUCAGUUACAAUGCUGUAAGUCAUUACGUUUACCCUUUCAAGCAAAUGCUCCCCAAAAGGGAAAUAAGCAGCAAGGAUCCACUAUGACUUAUUAUGUAGUGAUGGAUACUUGCAGGUUUGACAGUCUCUAUGACUUAAAGUGACUCACAUUGACAAGAUGACAAAAUUGUACCCUUGGGUCUUAUCUACAAAUGAAUUUCCUAUUUGUGUUCCCCCAAAAUAGGUAGGCAUUGAAUGGAAAUGGUACCAUGUUGUAAGGAUUUUUCCUAUGUAAACUACACCCUGGAGUGUGGAAGCUGCAGUGUGGCUUGUAUGCUAAAACAUCCUUUCCCCCACUUGUGGCGAGGUGGGUGGGGGAGCCCAGUCUGUGGACUUGGCCUUAAAAGGCCAUGUCCUGCCUAGGAAUGCACAUGUAAGGCAGUAAGUAAUAAAUAAAAGCACUCUAAGGAUUGCCCUACACCUGGCUUCGGAACAAACUGCAUUGUUUAGAAAUUUGUCUAACCACCUCUUUAAUCUCUGAAAGGCUUCCCUCUAAUGCACUGAUAUGUUGGCCACUUAUUUGAGCAUCCUCUUAAAAUCAGUGACUGAUAUCCAGACGAACAACUUGUGCACAGAAUGCUUUGUGUGCGCAAUGGGAGGAGGGGCUGUUUUAUGGAUCCCUCUUCCACUUCUCCCUAUAGCCACCUGUGCCUCCCAAAAAUAUGUCCCUAAGGUAAAUAUGGAGCCCUCAGGGAAAUGUUCUUCCAUGCACACAUUGUUAAUCUGGAAUUCAGCCAAUGAUAACAUGUUAUGCAAGUGGAUAGUAAAUUGACUUUAACAGCAAAUUUUAAAAUGAGAUUAAUGUUCCAGCUCUUCCCCAAUAACUACUAGUGCAGAAGCUACAAAUACUUUAUAGCGAGCUCUUGCUUUUAAAAAUAUCCUUUUAUUUCCUCCUCUUGUGCUAAAGGAAGACUGUAAGAAAAUGGAAUUGACUAUGUAUUCAACAAACUUUCCCCAGCUUGUCGUCUUCAUGUGGUUUUGCAGGUUUAGGACAAGCUGAUUUCUCAUUGUUUGUUGUGUCCCUUUUUAAUGCUAGAAGAUUGUGUUAAGAGAGAUUUUAACCUUUAUUCAAGUCCUUCCAUGUGUAUAUCUUGUUGACUGAGAUGGCUUUCAUGUAAGCCACACCCCUAAACCUGCUUGCUUCGAAGCAAGUUCCAUUUAAAUCAAUGGGGAUGCAUAUUUGUGAGAGUUUUUGUGUAGGAUCAGAAUAUUUGUUGCUGUAUUGCUGCUGCUUUAAAUAGUUUUGGUAUGUGAGGUGGUCUGCUUGGAAACUAUAUGGUAUGUGCUAGGAUCUUGUGGAUGAUGUUGGUAUUCCUCCCCUCCUCACGUUUCUCUCGUUUCCUUUCCUUAGUGUUCAUCCCACCUCUUAUUGUUGGGAUUAUACUUGUGUGUGUGUGUAUAAUAAAGGAUAUAAUUUGGAAGAGGCUUGCAUGUUUCUAGUUCCGAGGUGCCUCACAUUCAAGUCCUGAGCAGAUAGAGACCCCCCCCCCUUCCUGCCCCUACCUUGCACUCUCUGGGCUUGACCCUUCAAAGUCCACUGGAGUCAGUAGACAGAUUCCCACUGACUUCAGUGACCUUUUGAUUCAGGCCUUAUGCCCCCAACUUUGUUGUGCCUCACUUAAAAUGGUGCUUUGGUGGGGCGGGGGUUGUCUGUCUCUUCUGAUUUUGAUUUGUAGGUGCUGUAUAUAACUUGAAUAUAUUAUGCACAUAUCCUACCCAAUGGGUAGAGUAAAACCAUUGUUAAUACUGUAACACAAUGUAUAGAAGAUAAUACAAAAAAGGCAUAGAACUUGUGAAUGCCUACUUAUGUGCUUUGUCCUUUUUUGUAAGAAAAUUUGCAAAGGAAUGCAUACAAAUGACAAAUGAGUCUGUGUGUUUUUAUUUUCCUAUGAAAUGUCAAUACAGUAUAUUCUAUAAGGGAAAAAGGAAAGUCUGAACAAACCACUCUUGACUAGCUUGUUGAUAGCAAUUGGUUAUUUGCAUCUUUGCUGUGAUGAGUCUUUUGUGCGUGUGUUUGUGUGUGUUGUUUUAAAAACAAAACAAAAACCACAGCUUUAACUUUGUAGCUAGCUGCUUUCUUUCCUCUUCUGUUAUAAAAUUGGACCAGUAUUGGCUUCUUUUCCUUCAACUAUUUAUUAUUAUUCAUAUCAAUCUAGAGAUGGGCCAAAUCUGUAUAUCACAUAGAAAUAUUAACAUUUUAAAUAAGAUUUGGUUAAAGUAGGAACUGGAUUCCAAACCAGCACUGCAAAAUAUCAGCUUUGCAAACAUGUUUUGCAAAAACGUGAGUUUUUAGUUCAUUUUUUCAAAUGUAUGUACAGAUGGUGACUUUAAAGGGUACAAAUGUUGUGUUCAGAGUACCUCUUCCAUUUGCAGACUGUACAUGCUGGACUCUCUUGUCCCUCUCCAUUCAUAACACAUCCAUCCAACAGGUGAGUGCAGGAUAAACUGGAGUAGCAUGUACCAUCCUCAAAACAACACACCUGGCUUCUGUAGGUACCGCUACAUUGGCUUCAUGUAAUUCUUGGCUUAGUUUAUAAGUUAUGUCAUCUGGAUGCAUCUUCCUAACUUGUCCUUCCUAUCUUUGGUGUGAUUUAGAGGUCUCCCUGUAAGCUGGCAGCUAGGUUCCAGUGGCCUGUUACAGAUUGAUUUUGGGAAUGCUUUGAGUUACGGUGACAUCUGAAGUCUGCAAGCUACACUUUUCCUAGUUGUCCAUCUUGCAAGAACGUGUUUUCUAGCUAAUGAAGGUGGCACCACAAAUUGUUGAAAAAACCUUACGUGUUACAAAUGUGACAUAUUACAUGACAGAGUCAAUGUAACAUUUAGCUUUGGAACUGACUCUUUUUAAUUUUGAGAAUAAGAUGGGACUUGAUUUGUUGCUGAAAGCAGACAAGAGCAAGGAAAAUAUCCUUCUGUGUGGCAAGUGCUGUGCACAGCAAGGUUGCUUUGGCAAUACAAGUUCACCAUCUGGCCACACUGUGCUUGUUAGGCAAAGCAAAUACUUCAGAAAAAUAAAGUAAGUUUUUAGUAUAGAAGACAACAAAAUACUGUAAUUAUUUUUCCCCCAACAGCUUAUUUCAAUAUCCUUGGUGGCUUAGAAGAAUUCAGUCAAACUCUCAACAAUGCUCUGACCCAGCAGUGGGAAACUGUUCUACAGGGCCGAAUGAUAUGCCUGUUGUAACUCUGACCUUGAAAUUUUGCCUGUUUCUCUGAUCUUGAAUGACAUAAUAACAAGGACUUUGUAGGCUGUACUCAGUACAGCGUUCCUAGUCUAUUUCCAUUCUCCAUGGUGUCCUGGGUCACAAAUUAAUGAUUGACCACAAAGCUUAUCAUGACUAGUGAUAGCUUUGCCGUCAUAGCAGUUUCUAUGGGUGUGCUUAAGAUGCUCUUUUUGUUUGGUUGCUAUUACCAGAGAUCAUCCUCAAGCUAAUUCCAAAUAUAAGGAAAGAACUGCAUUGUCUUCUCAAUAGAUUGUCACUGAGGCCAGAAUUGUUGAGAGAGGUGCUCUGCUCUCAUUAGCUUGUCAUGAUUUCUGUAUUGGUCUGUAGUUUUGCUUGCUAGCAUCUUUCUAGGAAAUAUAUAUUAUUAUUAUAUCCUGCACCAGGAUACUUAUUGUCACUCAAAACCCACAAUAUUGUGAUGUGUUUGGCCUUUUCAAAUCCUUAAAGAUGGCUUUGUUCUCCUUCUACCACCACACCAUGUAUGCUAUAUAGGUAGUCUUCAAAUAUUUGCAUAUGCACAUUGCAUAUGCACAGUUUUGUAGUGUUUUGUCCAUUCGGCUGGGACAUUGAAUGCUACUCUUGAGAUUCUGGUGUGCUGGCCAUUUCUGUUUGCACUGCACAUGAUGAUUAUUUCUGGAGGAAAAGGAAGCCUAGCUUGUUAGUGAAAUGUGUGCUGGGGGAUAUCCUAGAUCCUGAAUUGUUGGUCACCAUAACAAAUGUUACAUACAAGUGGACCAAACAAGAUGCUCCCUCUUUAACACCAUCAGUCUGUUUUAAAGCUGCAGUAAUGAAAGAUAUGAAAGGGUUCAUCAAAUCUAUGAGGAGCACUUUGUUUGCACUUUUCAAUUUAUUUGAAGGCAUCAAUAAUUUUGAGAAUACGACUUUAAAAACAACAACCGAACAAACCUUUUCAUUGGGAUUGAGAGCUCAAGACCUUUUUGUAGAGAGCAAAAAUUUAGAGAUAUUUUACUUUAUCAAAAUAAUCAUUUAUUUAGGUUGGUACAAAAACAAUUUACAUUACUAGAGACAUUGAUCUUCAUGCAGCUUGUCAAAUAACUUACAUGCAGAGAAUUUUAUCAUGGCUUGCACGGAAACUUGGCCAUUAGAUAUUUAACUUACCAUUGAAUUCAUGCCUGCUUUCAAGUACACUGACCAUUUUUGUUAGUUUUGCAGCAUAUGAUACAUAUUACACAGUAAGAUGCAUAUGAUUUAUCUCUUUUCACAUUGGAUCAUGUAUUCUGCUUGUAUGUCUGUCCCUGGGUUGGGUAUGUGUGUGUGUACAUUGUGUUUCAAGUUAUAAAAAAAUAAAUAAAAAUUCAGCACUAUCUGCAAUAUUUAGUAUUUCAUUUAACUUUUUAAAAUAAGCAAAUUGAAAGCAAAAAGAUGAAAAAAUCGUGUUGUGGUUUUAUUUGAACUUCUCAACAGCAGUUUGUGUAAAACUACGAGGAAUCUAACUUGCUUUGAGCAACCUUCUUUGUUCUCUUUAACCUAAUUGGUUUGCUGCUUAAUUUCUAAUGUAAUUUCUGGUUAUAUGCAGAAAAAGAUUCAACUUUGUGUAUCUGCUUCCUUUUAACUGAGCAAAUGGUGAUGUUCUAGUUUUUAGACCCGAGGUCUGCUAUUGCAAUACUUUUAAAGGAAAAUGUUGCUCGAAGUGCUGUUGUUAGUUUUUAAAUACAGAUUUUAUGCUUGUUCUUAAGAAUCUGUGGUCAAACCAUAGAACAAAACUAUUAAAAAAAAAAAAAGGACAUUAA